GCAUCAGAUUCAGAAAAGAUUACAAGAUAAACAAAACAUCCAUGAUAUAAGUACAAGCAUUUAUUUUAUAACAUAUUAACUAUGCUUAAGAUGUAAAACAUUUCUACUUUUAGUUUACUUUUGAAAUACGUACACCAUGCAUGGACAUUGGAUAUUGUUAGGAGUGAUUUCUGCUGCAUUGACAUUUGAUUAUAUACACGCACAAGAAAGGGAACCAGUUGAUGGUGGGUGGUCAAAUUGGAACAGUUUCUGGGCCGGAUGUAACAGACAAUGUGGAGAUAAUGGAACGCAGAUACGCAAACGAAAAUGUACUAAACCUGCUCCUAAAUAUGGCGGUAAGCCGUGUGAAGGUCUGUCAUAUGAGAGGCGACCGUGCAACAGAUUCCCUUGUGUACCAGUUGAUGGUCAAUGGGGUCCAUGGGUUGACUACCCAAGAUGCAGCAAGUCAUGUAAUGGGGGAACAGAGGGUAGAUACAGGGUCUGUAAUAGACCUCGUCCAAAAUUAGGGGGCAAACAAUGUGAAGGUCCUAGAUCCGAGUUGACGCCGUGCAACACGCAACCUUGCCCCCCGAUUGACGGUGGUUGGAGUUCAUGGACUAACCCUGACCUAGCAAUGUGUUCUGUGUCGUGUGGUGGAGGCUGGAAGACUAGAAAACGUUGGUGUGUCAAACCUCGUCCUUUGAAUGGAGGUCAGAAAUGCCAAGGAGAAGGACGAGAAACCCUUUCCUGUAACACUCAGCCAUGUGAAGAGCCCAAAAGACGAACAAUAUCCAACGAGUGUAUCGAGUGUCUGUGCAGAGGGCCUUGGGACCAGAAAAAUUGGGGCUGUGAGGCUGCGGCUGCUGCUAAUAACAAAUAUAGGAUCAGUACUUCCUUUUAUAUCGACUGCGGGAAACCUGGUUGGAAUUAUGAAGAAUGCGUUGCCAAUGAGGAGUGUUCAAAACAUUGUAUACGUCGCUACAUGUGGAAGUAUGUCCCAAGGAAGUGUUACCCAAACUUCAAUGCCCGCGAGGCACCCGAAUGUGAAGACUAUGCUAGGUUCCAUUACUAUGGCCCUGCUGGGUGUGGUACUGCAGGUAUGGCUCGGGUGAACAAAUUUGUACGGAGAGUCAAAAGGUGUGUUACUGGAGACGAAAAUGCAUCUCUUAGACCGUGGGAGGGCCACGAUAUUCCCUUCAAGAACCCAAAACCAAUCCGUAGGACGACGACGCCAAGGAAAUAAAUGAUAUUUGUAUGAAAAUGUGUUGAAUAAA